GCUGCUUCGCGUCACUCACUGUCCCCGUCCACCCGCUCAUUGUCCUCACUGCGCAUGCGUUAUGUGAGUAAAAGGACACUAGCAGAGCUGGAGUCGCUGCGAUCCUAGUAUAGGUAACCCCCCCCCCCCCGUCUUCUGGAAAAGGUUGGCGGGAGCCACCGUCAACGGUCGCAGGGAGCUCGCGCGCAUGCUCAUAUUCUUCGAAGCCCCUCAACCACUGCCCGGUCCUGGUCAAUGCUGUAAGUGCGCGCGUGCGCAUGCGAGGAAAAACAACGGCGCGCUUUCGCUGAUAUCCGCUCGCGCGCUCUGUGGCCGGCCUGAGGUAAGAGGGAGCCGCCGCUGAGGCGCCGCUCCCGUUGGCCCUGCAAGGACUCGAGGAAGGGUGCUGCCGCCGAGAGCUCUGCCUGAUCGUCCGACCUGCCAGUGCCACGACGGAGGGGGCAGCCAUGAGCGACCGGGACCAACUGCUGCAGCGAGCUCGCCUGGCCGAGCAGGCGGAGAGAUACGACGACAUGGCCACGGCCAUGAAAUCGGUGACUGAGUUGAACGAACCCCUUUCAAAUGAAGACAGAAACUUGCUGUCUGUAGCAUAUAAGAAUGUUGUUGGCGCCAGGCGAUCUUCCUGGCGAGUUAUCAGCAGCAUAGAACAGAAAACCAUGACUGAUGGGAAUGAAAAGAAGCUGGAAAAGGUUAAAGCAUACAGGGAGAAGAUUGAGAAGGAGCUGGAGACCGUGUGUAAUGAUGUUCUAGCUCUCCUAGAUAAGUUCUUGAUCAAGAACUGCGGUGACAUUCAAUAUGAGAGCAAGGUCUUUUAUCUGAAAAUGAAAGGUGAUUACUACCGCUACUUAGCAGAAGUGGCUUCAGGUGAAAAGAAGAACAGUGUUGUGGAAGCAUCAGAGGCUGCCUACAAAGAAGCCUUUGAGAUCAGCAAAGAGCACAUGCAGCCCACGCACCCAAUCCGGCUGGGGCUGGCACUCAACUUCUCCGUGUUCUACUAUGAAAUCCAGAAUGCCCCCGAGCAGGCCUGCCUUCUAGCCAAACAAGCCUUUGAUGAUGCCAUUGCAGAGCUGGAUACACUCAAUGAGGAUUCCUACAAGGACUCCACUCUUAUCAUGCAGCUACUUCGAGACAACCUCACGCUCUGGACAAGCGACCAGCAAGAUGAGGAAGCAGGGGAGGGCAACAACUGAAGAGCUUUCCUCCAUCACAGCUUACCAUCAACCCCCCAUCACCAAUACUUCCUUGCCACAAUCACACUAUGUAUCUAGUGCUAAGCAUAUCUGUAUUGUUGGCACAGCUAUGAGGUCUGCCUGAUGAUGCAUCAGACAGCUCUUCAUAUGCAUUGCUGGACUGAAAGGUGUAUCAGCCCUGUAUCACUAUAGCGGCAUAUUGAUUGUGUAGGAGCGAAAUGAGACAUUUUAGUUUCAUUUAAUUUAUAAUAUAUUGGUUAUCAUAAUGAAGAGAGGGGAAUUGAUCAAAAGUCUAAACAAUUCAGUUUUAUGUUAGGAAGGGGCAGAUAUCAAGCGGUAUGCCUUGUACAUUCAAAACAAAUGAAGAAUAUGCUGAUCCCAUCAGCCAGUUGAAACUACCAUAAGAAGGGGUGAACUGAUUUUAUCUUCAUCAGUUUUAAAGUGGCAGUGUUGUAACCUGUGUUGGCCUCUUAAUGUUCACAGACUUUGGUUUCAGGCAAUGCAUCUUGAGAGGUUUUGAUAUUUGUAACUUUUUUUUAAGUUUGAAAAAUCAUGAAUUUUGUUUCGGUAAAUUUUUUGGCUGUUCAGUUGCCUGCCUGUGAAUUCUGACAGCUCUGUGUCACUGUUAGCCCAUGUUAAGAUGGAUGAUGAUGAGAGACCGGAAUUCUAAAUUAAAUGUUUUGGAAUUAAACAAAAAAUAAACUGCUGCUUUGGGGGGUAUUGGCUGUAAGAUGUCCUGUAUUUACUAAACAAAAUGAUGCUUGCGGUGUGUCUAAUUAAGGGAUCUAAAUAAACUUUUAAAGAACGA